AGCUCGAGUUCCACAAUUUGGAAUCGUAGCUUGUCUCUCCAAUCCUAUCAAGGUCCUGUUUGCAUCCAACUAGUUGUUUCCAGGACCUAGGCUUUGAUAGUUAAAAUAAAAACCACCAUGGGUUUUGCUGGUUAUAGUUAUAGUUGGUUUUUGUUGUCAUUUUUCGCCCUAAUCCCAACACUAAGAGCUCACAUCGCUGAAUAUGAUGAGUAUUGGAAGGCACGAGAAUUGGAAGCCAUUGAGAACCUGAACAAGGCUUAUCACCCCAAUCCGGAGGAGGUGGUCCGGCAUUACAAUGACCACUUUGUCAAUACCAUGCUUGAGUAUAAUAACACCAGAAGGGUGUUGAAAGGAAAGAAAAACGGUCCCUGUGAGAUUACUAACCCCGUUGAUAGUUGUUGGCGAUGUGAUCCUAACUGGGUAAAGAACAGGAAGAGGUUGGCCGACUGUGCCCCUGGAUUUGCUCGUGGUACUACCGGUGGAAAGGACGGCAAGUUUUACGUGGUCACUGACCCUAAUGAUGAUAUUGCUAACCCCAAGCCCGGAACUUUACGUCAUGCAGUCACUCAACUCAGGCCACUUUGGAUCACUUUCAAAAAAUCCAUGAUCAUCAAUCAAACAGAGCUCAUUGUUACAAGCGACAAGACCAUUGGCAAGGGAGCUAAUGUGCAUAUUUGCUAUGGUGCUGGUAUUAUCGUCCGCUUUUCUAGGAAUGUCAUUAUCCAUGGCCUCCAUAUCCAUCACAUUAAACCCGCUACUGGUGGCAUCAUUAGGGAUGCUGAAAACCACAUUGGGUUAAGGACUGCCAGCGAUGGAGAUGCGAUCUCUCUUUUUGGAGCAACCAAUAUUUGGCUUGACCAUCUUUCCCUUUAUGAUUCCUCUGAUGGUCUUAUCGAUGUUAUUCAGGGUUCCACUGCCAUUACCAUUUCAAACUGCCAUUUCACUGACCACAACGAGGUGCUAUUGUUUGAGCAAGCGACAACCACGCUGUCGACGAGAAGAUGCAGAUCAUCGUUGCUUUGA